GGCAGGACCAAGGCCAGAGUGUCCAGGCCCCGCCACCCCUCCCAGCCAGCAUGCUGCUGCCGGCCCUGCUGCUGCCUGUGCUCUGGGCGGGGUCGCUGCAGGAGGAACCGAGCUACUGGCUAAAGGUGGAGAAGUCCGUGACGGUGCAGGAGAACCUGUGUGUCGUGGUGUCCUGCUCCUUCUCCUACCCCCAGGACGGCUGGAACAGCUCUACCCCUGCCUAUGGCUACUGGUACCGGCAGAGGAACAGUGCCAGAGUUGAUCACACAACAGAUGAACUUGUGGCCACGAACAACGCAGGCAAGAAAGCUGGAAUGAGAACCGAACCUCCCUUCCAGCUCCUUGGGGACCUCAGGGUCCACGGCUGCUCCCUGAGGAUCACAGGUGCCCAGAAGCGGGACAGUGGAGUGUAUUAUUUUCGAGUGGAGAGAGGAGAGAUGAAAUACAGUUUCAUGAAUCCAACGCUCACACUGACUGUCACAGAGCUGACCCAGACCCUGGACAUCCGCAUCCCGGAGCUGCUGGUGUCUGGACACACCAGCCAACUGGUGUGCUCCAUGCCUGGGGCCUGCAGUGGGGCCAUGGCCCCCACCUUCUCCUGGAGUGGAGCUGCCCUGAGACGCCCAGGGUCAGGAUUGGGGGUUCACAGCUCCUCCGAGAUAGCAUUCACACCUCACCCUCAGGACCACGGCACCAACCUCACCUGUCGGGUGACCUUUCCUACAACUGGGGUGACCAAGGAGAGGACUGUCCAGCUCAGCGUGUCCUAUCCUCCUGAGAACCUGACUGUCAGUGUCACCGGCGCCCACGGCACAGGUCUCCAGGCUCCCCCACGCUGCAGCCUCAGUCAGGGCCGCUUCCUCUUCGUGCUGGACGAUUGCAGAGAAGGCGGCGGGUGGGGGCAUGGAAUAGUACUUGGGGAGAGCCCUGCCUCUGUUAGACAGACACGCAGAGCGCGGGAACGGGGCUGCAGAGCCCUAGCCCCGGGCUCCGCUCUGUUCUCCCCGCGGUCUCGCGGCCUGCUCCUCCAUCUGCCUCUGCCUCCGCCUCUCUCUCCAGCCCCACACAUGCAGGGAAAUGGCUCCUAUCUGCAAGUGCACAAGGACCAGCUGCUGCGGCUCCUCUGUGCUGCUGAGAGCCGGCCCCCCGCCACGCUGACCUGGGUCCUGGAGCACAGAGUCCUCCUUGGGUCCCCUCCCUCAGCACCCAGCCCCCUAAGGCUGGAGCUGCCCGGGGUGCAGCCUGCGGACGCGGGGCGCUACACCUGCGCACAGAAUGUGCACGGGGUCCAGGGCGCUGCUGUCCUCUGGCUGCGAGAGAAGCCAGAGCUCGGGAAGGGAUUCCUGGUGGGCAUCUCAGCGGGAGCAGGCCUCGCUCUGCUGCUCUCCAUGUGCACCUGCCUUGUCUUCUCCAGCACUCAGACCCACAGGAAGGAAAACACCAGGACAGUGGCCUCCCAGAAGGACACAGCGUGCACCUCGUGUCCCGAGUGUAAGGGGCAUCGGAAGGCACCCUGGGCAGAUGCCCCCCUAGAUGCCCCGGCCUGUGCUGCUGCUGCGGAGGAGGAGCGGGAGCUCCAGUACGCCUCCCUCAGCUUCCAAGGGCUGAGCCCCCGGGAGCCUCGGGGCCGCAGGGACUCCAGCAUCUCCAUGUACGCUGUCAUCUGCAAGUGACAGGCCCCUCCCCGCCCAGGUUUCUGCGCGAGUGAGAGUGAGACGUCAGGGAGCGUUUCUAGGCCAGCCACUCUCCCUGUCACCAGGGUCCAAGCCAGAGGUCGGGGGGAGUCUGCUCCCCUGACCUCCAAACUCAGCUCCCACUGCAGCCCCAGCCUUUGAACAGGAGACUUUACUCCUGGCUCCUCCUCUGUCAAGGCACAAUAAACCUGACUCACGGGGCAUUGUGCGCCGAGGGAAGCGGUUCCCAUAAGGCACCCAGGGCUGGGCCUGCAGAGCGCACCUCCCUGCCGCUGCCUCCCACGGCCCCCACCCGGUGUGCCGCCCAGGCCCGAACACCCUGGCCAACGGGGCUCCUGCAGGCGGCUCUCCUGGGCAGCUCCGAAGACCCAGCUGAGGCUGUCGCUGGCGCCCACAGGGCUCUCCUGCCUGCUCCUCACCCCCGGGUACUGAUCACCUUCGCAUGUUGCUCCUCCCGGAUACGGCAUUUCAGUGUAACUACUCCAUGCUCAUCUGAAAUAAAUGCUAAGUGUGCAAACUGCA